CUUUUGAGGACAGAUUUCUUGAGCUUCAAAAGUGGCCGAGAAGAUUCCAGACUUGAGCCGCGCCGAUAUAACACGCGCAUGCGCCCCUCUCCAAAUCCUCGGUCUCACAUAUACGGUCGCAAUUGCAGCCCUACGUGCAGUCACUACCGCCUCGACGUCCGUUCCGCAUCCCACCCGCGUCUGCUAUUCAGCCAUCGGUGAUUAGUACGCAAGUGCCGACGCACGGUGAAAGGCAAGAGUGGGGCUUUUUCUGAAGCAUGGAGAAUGCGUUUGCGAAGACGCCUAGUGAGGCGCUGAGGCAUUUCGGAGUACGGGAAGAGAGGGGGCUUUCGGAGAAGCGGGUCGUGGGCUUGCGACAGAAGUAUGGCAGGAAUGCGCUACCAGAAGACCCUCCGACGCCGAUAUGGGAGCUUAUACUGGAGCAAUUCAAGGACCAGCUGGUUAUAAUAUUGUUGGGCAGCGCGGCCGUCUCGUUUGUGCUGGCGCUCUUUGAGGAAGGGGAUGAUUGGACUGCGUUUGUGGAUCCUGUGGUUAUUCUCACGAUCCUCAUAUUGAACUCCGUAGUAGGCGUGUCGCAAGAAACCAGCGCCGAGAAAGCUAUUGCCGCCCUCCAAGAAUACUCUGCCAACGAAGCGAAAGUCGUCCGCGACGGGAAAAUCAAGCGCAUAAAAGCCGACGAUUUGGUACCCGGAGACAUUAUCUCGGUCGCGAUCGGAGACAGGAUACCAGCGGACUGCAGGAUAUUGUCCAUCCAGAGCAACAGCUUCAACGUGGACCAGUCGAUUCUUACUGGCGAGAGCGAGAGCGUAUCCAAGGACACAAAGGUAGUCAAAGACGAGAAUGCCGUCAAGCAGGAUCAGGUCAAUAUGCUGUUCUCGGGCACGACGGUCGUUACGGGACAUGCGACUGCGCUGGUUGUUCUGACGGGCGCGAAUACGGCGAUUGGAGAUAUUCAUGAGAGCAUCACGGCGCAGAUCUCGCAGCCUACGCCGUUGAAAGAGAAGUUGAAUGAUUUUGGUGAUAUGCUCGCGAAAGUCAUUACGGGCAUUUGCGUCCUGGUCUGGCUCAUCAACAUCCGGAACUUCAAUGACCCGUCGCAUGGGAGCUUCACAAAGGGUGCGAUCUACUACUUGAAGAUUGCGGUUUCUUUGGGCGUGGCUGCUAUUCCGGAAGGCCUUGCGGUUGUUAUCACGACAUGUCUCGCUCUGGGUACCCGGAAGAUGGCGGCGAGGAACGCCGUCGUUCGGAGUCUGCCAUCAGUGGAAACCCUGGGAAGCUGCAGUGUUAUCUGCUCGGACAAGACGGGAACCCUGACUACGAACCAGAUGAGCGUCAACAAGAUCGUCUUCAUCACAGAGGAUGGAAAAGGCCUUGAAGAAUUCGACGUCGAAGGAACCAGCUUCGCUCCCGAAGGCGAAAUUACCUUCCAAGGGAAGCCUAGGGAGAAUUUGGCCGCCUCUUCGUCUACUGUUCGACAGAUUUGCGAAGUCACUGCGCUCUGCAACGAUUCGGCUUUGUCUCUGGACCCCAAGACCGGGGCAUACAGCCUCGUCGGCGAACCGACGGAAGGCGCUCUCCGUGUCCUGGCUGAGAAGAUUGGUACCCCUGAUCGCGACUUCAACGCACACCACGCACACAUCCCUCCUGCGGAUCGCCUCCACUAUGCUACCAAGUACUACGAGGAGAAGCAUCCUCAGUUGGCGACAUACGAGUUCUCCCGCGACCGGAAGAGCAUGUCAGUCCUGGUGAAGGACACCAACUCUCAGAGGCUACUAGUCAAAGGUGCGCCGGAGUCUAUUCUGGACCGAUGCACGCAUGUCAUUGUCGGCGAGAAUGGAAAGAAGGUCCAGCUUAACAAGCAGAUGGCUAGUCUCAUAUCUAAGGAAGUUGUCGACUACGGCAACCGCGGUCUCCGAAUUUUGGCUCUCGCUUCGAUUGAAGAUGUCGGUUCUAAUCCUCUCCUGAAGACCGCUAAGACGACAAAGGACUACUUGAAGCUUGAGCAGAACAUGACCUUGAUUGGUCUUGUUGGUAUGUUGGAUCCUCCGCGCCCCGAAGUCAAGGCCUCCAUCGCCAAGUGCCGCUCCGCUGGCAUUCGGGUUAUCGUGAUUACUGGCGACAACCAGAACACCGCUGAGACUAUCUGCCGCCAGAUUGGUGUCUUUGGGAUGCAUGAGGACCUUACUGGCAAGAGCUAUACUGGGCGAGAGUUCGACAGCCUGAGCGAAUCUGAGAAAGUAGAAGCUGCAAAGGGAGCCUCGCUCUUCUCUCGCGUAGAGCCGACCCACAAAUCCAAGCUAGUCGACCUCCUUCAGCAAGCCGGCCAAGUGGUCGCUAUGACCGGAGACGGUGUCAACGAUGCCCCAGCCCUGAAGAAGGCAGACAUUGGUGUCGCCAUGGGAUCCGGAACCGACGUCGCCAAGCUCGCUGCCGACAUGGUUCUCGUAGACGACAAUUUCGCCACCAUCGAGGGCGCAGUCGAGGAAGGCCGCUCCAUCUACAACAACACGCAACAAUUCAUCCGCUAUCUCAUCUCCUCCAACAUCGGCGAGGUCGUCUCCAUCUUCUUGACCGCCGCCAUGGGCAUGCCCGAAGCGCUCAUCCCAGUCCAGCUCCUCUGGGUCAACCUUGUCACCGACGGUCUCCCCGCCACGGCUCUGUCUUUCAACCCCCCUGAUCACGAUGUCAUGAAGCGUCAACCCCGCAAGCGUGAUGAAGCGCUUGUCGACGGCUGGCUAUUCUUCCGCUACAUGGUGAUUGGCACUUACGUGGGUGCUGCUACCGUGUUCGGUUACGCGUGGUGGUUCAUGUUCAACAGUGUGGGGCCACAGAUCAGCUUUUACCAGCUAUCACACUUCCACCGGUGCUCGUCCCAGUUCCCCGAGAUCGGCUGCGAGAUAUUUGCGAAUGAUGCUGCGAAGGCAGCUUCUACGGUUUCGCUGAGCAUUCUCGUCGUUAUCGAGAUGCUGAACGCAAUGAAUGCGCUGUCGUCUUCGGAGUCGCUGCUUACCCUACCGCUCUGGGAGAAUAUGAUGCUCGUUUAUGCCGUCUGCCUGAGCAUGGCUCUUCACUUUGCCCUGCUUUAUGUUCCCUUCCUACAGGGACUGUUCAGUGUAAUCCCGCUGGACUGGAACGAGUGGAAAGCGGUACUCUUCAUCAGUAUGCCUAUCAUUCUCAUCGAUGAGGUGCUCAAGUUCAUGGAGCGCAGGUUCUACAUGGUUAAGACGGCCGAUAAGGCGCCGUACGAACAGAACGGCGCGGCUGUGAAGCCGAAGGACGAGUGAAGGAAGCGCGCAUUGCCGGAGUGAUAGGAGAAAUGGUCUGUACAAAAGAUAGAUCGGGGCUAUAUGAUCU